AUGGCUUCCGACCAGCCGUUCGCAAGAGCACUGGUGAUCAUCUGCGCGAUCCUGUGCUCGUGUGCAUGCCGUGAAACAAAAGCAGCGAGAGGAGUGAACUACACGUUCGCCCGGGACGCGACGCGGGCGCCGGCGGUGUCGUACUACGACUACAUCAUCGUGGGCGGCGGCACGGCGGGGUGCCCGCUCGCCGCCACGCUGUCGCAGCGCUUCCGCGUGCUCCUGCUGGAGCGCGGCGGGUCCCCCUACGGCGACCAGCGGGUGGAGAACAUGACCCACUUCACGGCCACGCUCGCCGACACGUCCGCCGGGUCGCCGGCGCAGCGGUUCGUGUCCGAGGACGGCGUCAUCAACUCGCGCCCGCGGGUGCUGGGCGGCGGCAGCUGCAUCAACGCCGGCUUCUACACGCGCGCCAGCGACGAGUACGUGCUGGACGUCGGGUGGGACCUAGCGGCGGCCAAGGCGGCGUACCGGUGGGUGGAGGAUGUGGUGGCGUUCCACCCCGAGCUCGGCCCCUGGCAGGGCGCGCUGCAGAGGGGGCUCAUGGAGGUCGGCGUGGCGCCGGACAACGGCUUCACGUUCGACCACAUCGAUGGGACCAAGGUUGGCGGCUCCAUAUUCGAUGACGAGGGCCGGCGGCACACGGCCGCCGACCUGCUGCGGUACGCGCGCCCCGAGGGCAUCGACCUGCUGCUCCGGGCCAGAGUGGCCAAGAUCCUCUUCAAUGUCGGAGGGCGCCGGGCACGGCCGGUGGCGCACGGCGUCGUGUUCCACGACUCAAGAGGGCGGAUGCACAAGGCGUACCUCAACACCGGCCGCCGCAACGAGAUCAUCCUCUCGGCGGGCGCCAUGGGCAGCCCGCAGCUGCUGAUGCUCAGCGGCGUCGGCCCCGCGGACCACCUGCGCUCCUUCAACAUCACCCUCGUGCUGAACCAGUCGGCGGUCGGGCAGGGCAUGGCCGACAACCCCAUGAACGCCAUCUUCGUGCCGUCGCCUUCCCCCGUCGAGGUCUCCCUCAUCCAGGUCGUCGGCAUCACCCAGUUCGGCAGCUACAUCGAGGGCGCCAGCGGCUCCAACUGGGCCAACCCGCGCCACCAGGGCUCCGGCGGCAACCGCCGGCCGCCCCGCAACUUCGGCAUGUUCUCUCCACAGACUGGGCAGCUGGCCACGGUGCCCCCGAAGCAGCGCACGCCGGAGGCUAUCGCGCGCGCGGCGGACGCGAUGAGCCAGCUCGACGACUCGGUGUUCCGUGGCGGCUUCAUCCUGGAGAAGGUCCUUGGGCCGGCGUCCACGGGCCACCUCGAGCUGCGGAACCUUAACCCGGACGACAACCCGGCGGUGACGUUCAACUACUUCUCGCACCCGCAGGACCUCCGGCGCUGCGUCGAGGGCUUGACGCUCAUCGAGCGCGUCAUCCAGUCCAAAUCCUUCCAGAACUUCACGUACCCCUACUUCUCCAUGGAGGAGCUGCUCAACAUCACGGCGGAGUUCCCCGUCAACCUGCUGCCUCGGCACGACAACGACUCCAAGUCUCUGGAGCAGUUCUGCAAGGACACCGUCAUGACCAUCUGGCACUACCACGGCGGCUGCCAGGUCGGCAGGGUCGUCGACGCCGAGUACCGGGUGCUCGGCGUCGACGCGCUGCGAGUCAUCGACGGCUCCACGUUCAACGCCUCGCCGGGAACCAACCCGCAGGCCACCGUGAUGAUGCUCGGCAGGUAUAUGGGGGUUAAGAUGCGAGACGAGAGGGUGCGUGCUGAAGGGUUAAGGAGGAGAAAACUGUAG